UCGGGCAAAAACAACGUACGCUAACUGUAACUUAAACACGCCGUGUUGCGCCUUCAUCCAAGGGUGAACGGGAGCGUUCCACCCACCCUCGCCCACCCUCGGCUGCCUUGAAUAAACUUUCAUCCCAAUCGUGUGCUGUGAAAAUCACACAACAAAAACAAGCGCAGAGUUUUAGUUUUUAUUCGCACAGCCAUUUGCUUAGUGCCACAGCAAAGCCGCGGGCGUGGCGUACACGGUAACGGACACGGACACGGCUAGGGACGCGGAGACAGACGCACAAACACACACACACACACAGACACACGCGGAGACAGCAGCAGUUGCAACGGGACCAUUUCCUUUUUUUGUCGUUUUCGCCGUGUGUUAAUUUGUCCUGCAUUUGCAGCAACAGUGAAAAAUAACUGCGCAAAGUUUUACUUUCGCUCGUGGAAAAUAUUUGAUGCAUUCGAAGUCGACGGCGACUAAAAAAGAAAAUCAUCAAACGAAAAGUUGAGCAAUUAAAGGAUUAAAAGCAAGGACUCGAACUGGGACAGAGGAAGACAUCAUCAUCAUCAUCAUCGUCAUCAUCGUCGGAAUCAUCGGAAUCAGCGGCCAACAUCUGCGGCAUAUCGGGUGUGUGUCUCUCUCUCUCUCCCCCUCAGUCUGUGUACGUAUUUCCUCGGGUCUGUUUGUAAUGGUAGUCAGAAUGUUAGAGCGGGCUGCGCAUGGUGCAAAUUGUGGCAGUUGAAAUACUUGCGGUCGGGCUCAGCACACUUGUACAUUCGUAUUCAAUAUCUGGGCAACUAGCAACUAGCAUAGAGCGACUGCGACUGGGACAGACACAGGCACUGGUUCUGGCUUUGGCUCUUCAGUUGUGGCACUGGGAGCUCUUCAGUUGUGUGUGAGGUAUGCAAAUAAACGGUCUUGCUGCCGGACCAACCAUGGCCGCAUCAGAGCCACCAGAGCCGCCGCCACGCAAUCCGGAUCGCAUAAAUGCCUCGCUGCACAAGCUCGGCGAAUCCAAAAUUGUCAAGUCGCUGGACUCGAGUGUGGGCGCGCUCAAAGAGAAGUCCGUCAACAACAACAAGCCCGUUAAGCCGGUGCUCUCCCUGGACAACAGCAGCAGCAGCUGCAUCAGCCAGGCGUCUGGCGGUGGUGUCAUCGCCUCCUCGACCUCAUCGGCAGGCGGAGCGCCACCGACAUUAAAGCAGCCCAGCCUACUGGCAGGCAAACGGGAACUGACACCCUCCGCCUCCGCGUGCGCCUCCGAUAGCAGCAGCUCCCCGGCCAGCUCGAAUGGGAGCAAUCAGACGCUCACGCCACCCAUGACCAUCGACAACCAGAAUCGCCUGGCCGCCAAGGGCGACACAUUGGGACAAGCACAAGCCGCGGUGAUUGGGAUUGGGCUACCACAGUCGCAAUUAGUGAAUGGCAGCAGCGCCAACUCCGGCACCACAAUAUCCACGGCAGCCAUGAUCCAUGCGAAUAACUCAAAUUUGAUUGCCGCCGGUCACUUGGCCCAGGUCAACGCAAGCGGCAGCCAGCUGAACGCCGAGAUGGCCAUGAAGCUGCGCGACGAGAACGAACGCUUGAAUGCGGAGCUGCUGCGUCUGCGCCGGCUGUUCGAGCAUUCGACGGACGGAGCCGUUGGUGGUGCCGAACCAGGCGCCGCCGACCUGGAUGCAGCCCAGCCAUCGGCGUCGCAGGAGCGCGUUGAACGGCUGGAAACGGAGCUGCGCAGCGUGAAGAACCAGUUGCUGACCAUGCGGCUGGAGCGUAAGAAACUGCGCACCGACAAAUCCGAUCUCUUGGGCCAGGUGAAACAAUUGUGCGCCUCGCUGCAGGAGAAGGAGCAGGAGUUGCGCGACUUUAUACGCAACUAUCAGGAGCGUGUGCGCGAAACAGAGUCAACCAAUGCCAAGAUCUCGGGCGAUCGGGAUCGUGAGCGCUUCCAGCUGCUGAAGCAGGCGCGCGACGAGGCCGAGCGCUCGCUCGCACUGGCCCAGCAGCUAUCGGCACGCGACCUGCAGCUGCAGCGGCUGCAGGAGCAGCUGCAAGAGGCGCGACGCCAGCUGACGGGCUGCCUAUCCGACCAGGAGAGCCUGCAUUCGUUUGCGCCGCUGACGCCACCAUCGGCCGCGUCCGGCAUGCUCAGCCAGAUGGCCGGCGGUUCGGGUCUCGCGGGCAACCUGAGCGGAAUGCGUGGCACAGCCGAGGACAGUGGCCGUGGCAACUCCAACUCAUUGUCGGCGUUUAGCGGCAGCCUCAGUGGUGGCUCCGGCGCCACAGUCGGCGAUCGCAACUCCUGCUCCAAUGACUCGGGCCUACGGAAUAGCAGCGAUCGCGAGAGCACCGGCGGGGAGCUCAACUUCAGCGACGGCACCUGCGACAACGGGCCCUGCAUCACCGUCGAUCCGGACAGCAUCUCUCUAGUCUCCAGCCAGAACAUGUACCAAUUUGGCACACCCAAGGAACGCAGCCCUACACUCUCGCCUCUGAACUCGGGCGCCUAUUCCAGAUCCGUGGAGCAGCUCUCGCCGGAUGCCGAGGGACCAGGCGGCGCUGGCGCCAUAACUCGCAAGUUUGGCAACAAAAGCGGACCGUUGGGCGCACGAAAUGGGCGUGGCGGCACUUGGGGCAGCAUCUCGCGUGUCUUUGCACGGUCCCGUAACAAGAGCAAGGCCAUGUCCGCCGAUGGAGUGACCGAGUACAGCGACUACUCAUGGAAUCCGCUAUCGGAGGAGGGCUAUGCCGAAAAGCUGCGACUGCUGCGUGAGGCCUCCCAGCUGCCCAUAGAACGCUGGCGGGCCACGCAGGUGCUGGCCUGGCUGGAGGUGGCGCUGGGCAUGCCACAAUAUAGUGCACGCUGUGCGGAGAACGUGAAGAGCGGCAAGGUGCUGCUCGAGCUGAACGACGUUGAGCUCGAGGCCGGCUUGGGCUUGGGUCAUCCCAUGCAUCGCAAGAAGUUGCGACUGGCCAUUGAGGAGCAGCGACGUCCGGAGCUGGUGCGCUAUCCACUGAUCACCCAACUGGGCCACACUUGGGUUGCCACCGAGUGGCUGCCGGACAUCGGACUGCCGCAGUACGCUGAGCCCUUCCUGCAGUCUCUGGUUGAUGCCCGCAUGCUGGACACCCUAUCCAAGAAGGAGCUGGAAAAGUUUCUCGGUGUGACGCGAAAAUUCCAUCAGGCCAGCAUUGUACAUGGCAUUCACGUGUUGCGCAUUGUCAAAUAUGACCGUCAGACGCUGGCCAUGCGACGGGUGCAAUCGGAGACUGUCGAUACGGAUCCCAUUGUCUGGACUAACCAACGCUUCAUACGCUGGGUGCGCUCCAUUGACCUGGGCGAGUACGCGGACAACCUGAAGGACAGCGGCGUCCAUGGCGGACUUGUUGUGCUGGAGCCAUCCUUUUCGGGCGAUACCAUGGCUACGGCGCUGGGCAUUCCCCCAUCAAAGAACAUAAUACGACGCCAUCUUAAUACGGAAUUCGAUGCCCUCAUCCUGCCCGCAAGAGCAACUUUGGGUCAAGGCAUUCGUUCCGGUUGCGGCAUAGUGCCCCUAACUGGACCCGGCGGACUGCAGCACUAUGCCACAACAGAUCGGCGAUCGAGUGGCAACUUGCGGAUUUCGGCAUGGAAAGGAUCUCAGAGCUCUCUUUCAAAAGCCUUUCGGUUCAACAGCAAACCCCAUCGUGCCGGCGAUCGCAGCUCCUUCGGAAACUCCACCUCCCCAACGCCAUCGUACAGCAGCAGCGAGGGCGGCGGCGGUGGAGGAAUAUACGCUACCAUAGGUCCGCAGCAAAUGCAGUCGCAUCACCAUCAUCCUCCCCAUCAUUUUCUACCGCCACCCACAACAGCACCGCCCCCGCCGCCACCAAGCUCAGGCAGCUCCAAUUACGGUCCACCCGGUCAUCGUGUGAGUGCCCCACCCGUUGGCAGCAUCCUAGACCCCAACGGGCUGGACAGCCACCUGCUGUACGAGCAGAAUAGUCGCCGGGUGAAGAGCAUCAGCGACAUUGGGGUGGCAGCCAGCGGCAGCAUGGGCGCCUGCAGUCUGGGUGGCAUAUCCGCAUCAUCGGACUCGCCUGAAUGAACAUCUGAUUGCAGCUUAUGGAUUCCCUUUAUAUAAUUGCUCCCAGCUAAUAUAUCAUAUAAUAUAUUAUUUCAUCUAUUCCCCUACGCCUCAUCUGGCAUUCCAAAGUGAUAAGUUAAGAGUGAAGAAACCAAAGUUUAUCGAUUAUAUUUUAAAGAGGAUGCGAUUAAAUUUAAAUCAAGGCCCACCUCAAAGACAUUACUUUGAAUUCCAACAGGUACAUAUACAUAUGUCAAGAUACAAACACACAACCACUAAGCAUAUUUGAUUAAAUCAGAUUGAGGGAAACUACAGAACAGAAAAA